AUGGGCCUAGUCCUGUGGCUCUGCGGUUUGCUAGGCUCCGUCUGGUGCUUGUCUGCCAACAUCUUUGAGUACCAGGUGGAUGUACAACCCCUGCGACCUUGCGAGCUGCAAAGGGAAGAGGCCUUCCAGAGGCGUGCAGACUAUGUUCCCCAGUGCACAGAAGAUGGCAGCUUCCAGACGGUGCAGUGUGAUGACAGUGGCCGCCUCUGCUGGUGUGUCGGUGCUGAUGGCAGGGAGGUGCCAGGCAGCAGGCAGCGCGGCCGUCCCUCAGCCUGCUUGUCCUCGUGCCAGCUGCAGAAACAGCAGAUUUUACUGAGCGGUUACCUGAACAGCACGAGCUCCGCCUACCUCCCGCAGUGUCAGGACUCCGGGGCUUACGAAGCCGUGCAGUGCGACCUGCGGAGGGAGCAGUGCUGGUGUGUGGACGCGGAAGGGAUGGAGGUGUAUGGCACGCGCCAGCAGGGCCGGCCGCUGCGGUGUCCUGGGAGUUGUGAGAUCAGAAACCGCCGCCUUCUCCACGGAGUAGGGGACAAGUCACCCCCACAGUGUUCUACAGAUGGAGGCUUUAUGCCUGUGCAGUGCAAGUUCGUCAACACCACAGACAUGAUGGUUUUCGACCUGGUCCACAGCUACAACAGGUUUCCAGACGCAUUUGUGACCUUCAAGUCCUUCCGGAGCAGGUUCCCAGAAGUGUCUGGCUAUUGUCACUGUGUGGACAGUCAGGGGCGGGAAUUGGCUGAGACAGGUCUGGAGUUGUUACUGGAUGAAAUUUAUGACACCAUUUUUGCUGGUCUGAACCGAGCGUCCACCUUUAGUGAAACCACCCUCUACCGUUUGCUGCAGAGACGGUUUCUAGCAGUUCAGCUAAUCAUCUCAGGCAGAUUCCGAUGUCCCACAAAGUGUGAAGUGGAGCGAUUUGCCGCCACCAACUUUGAUCACCCCUACAUUCCCAGCUGCGACCCUAAUGGAAACUUCCAAGCCGUACAGUGUCAAAAGGAGGGGCCAUGCUGGUGUGUGGAUGUACAAGGAAGGGAGAUCUAUGGAACUCAGCAGCAACAAGGGGAGCAGCUGCUUUGUGCUGAAGAUCAAGCCUGUCUCUCGGAGAGGCGGCGAGCUCUGUCUAAACUCCACUUUGGACCCGUGGGCUACUUCAGCCAAUAUAGCUUACUCUUCUCGGCUCCUGAGGAACGACAGGUCUCUCCGGGCGUGUCCAAGUCUGCCGCUUCCUGCCCAUCCUUGUUCAAGGAUCUCUUUGUGGACUCUGGGAUUUUCCGCCCAAUCCAAGAAGGGCAGGACACACAGAUUGUUACCUCAGAAAGUCUCCUCAGAGAAGCCAUCCGUGCAAUUUUCCCCUCCCGUAUGCUGGCUCGUCUGGCCCUUCAGUUUACAACCAACUCAAAGCAACUCCAGCAAAACCUCUUUGGCGGGAAAUUCUUGGAGAAUGCUGGCCAGUUUAAUUUGUCAGGAGCCCUUGGUUCAAGAGGUACAUUUAACUUCAGUCAGAUUUUCCAGAAGCUUGGUCUCCCAGGCUUGCAGAAUGGAGGGACUCUAGUUGAUGCAACCAAGCCCUUCUCUGUGGACUUAGAUUCAGAUCCUGCCACAGAAAUGCUUGAAGUCUCCAAGGAAGGGGUUUCUAUCAAUAAGACAAUUGUGGGCAACUUUGGCUUCGAGGUCAACUUACAAGAGAAUGUGAAGGCCCUGAAAUUACUGGCUUCUCUUCUGGAGCUUCCAGAAUUCCUUCUCUUCUUGCAACAUGCCCUUUCUGUCCCAGUUGACAUAGCUAGAGACUUGGGGGAUGUCAUGGAAAUGGCCCUCAGCUCCCAAGGCUGUGAGCAGACUCCUGGCAGCCUUUUUGUCCCAUCAUGCACAGAGGAAGGGCGCUAUGAGGAUAUUCAGUGCUUUGCUGGAGAGUGCUGGUGUGUGGAUUCCCGUGGCCAAGAGCUUCCAGGAUCCAGGCUUCGAGGCAGUCGGCCGAGGUGUCCCACACGGUGUGAAAAACAAAGGGCUCGCAUGCAAAGUCUUUCUAAUAGCCAGCCUGCAGGAUCCAGCCUGUUUGUGCCUUCUUGUACCAGCGAGGGGCACUUUCUACCUGUGCAAUGCUUUGGCUCAGAGUGCUACUGUGUGGAUGCAGAGGGUCAGACAAUUCCUGGAACCCAAAGUGGACCUGGAGAACCUACACAAUGCCCCACACCCUGCCAGUUACAGGCUGAGCGAGCCUUCCUUGGCACAGUGAGAACCCUGUUCUGGGAUUCUAACACAUCGGCCACCCUCUCCGACAUCUACGUUCCACAGUGCAGUGCCAGUGGGCAGUGGAGACGCAUUCAAUGUGACGGUCCCCCCGAGCAGGCCUUUGAGUGGUAUGGACGGUGGAAGGAUCAGAACAGAGGUGGUGAAGAGCUGGUUUCUAUCCAGCUGCUAAUGAAGAACAUAAGCUACAGAGAAGCAGCUUCCGGAAGCUUCCAUUUCUUUGUUCAAAGUUUGUAUGAGUCUGGCCAACAUAGCAUCUUCCCAGGGCUGGCAAGAUACUCUGUUUUCCAGGAUGUCCCGCUGGAGGUGUUGGAAGGCAAGCCUACACAGCCUGAGAAGAACAUCCUCCUUGAGCCCUACCUCUUUUGGCAAAUUCUAAAAGGCCAGUUAACCCGGUACCCUGGGCCCUACUCAGACUUUAACUCUCCUUUAGCACACUUGGACCUGCGGAGCUGCUGGUGUGUGGAUGAGGCUGGUCAACAACUACAAGGGACUCAGACAGGGCCAAACAAGAUCCCAGCAUGUCCAGGCUCUUGUGAGGAAGCGAAGCUUCGCGUUCUGCAGUUCAUUGAGGACACAGAAGAGAUCAUAUUGGCCUCUAACAGUUCUUGGUACCCUCUGGCAGAGAGUUUCUUAGUGGCCAAGGGAAUCCAACUAACUGAUGAAGAACUGGCCCUUCCUCAACUCUCUCCCUCCCGGGAGACUUUCAUAGAGAAGUUUCUGAAUGGAGGCGAUUAUGCCCUCCACUUGGCAGCCCAGUCUACCUGGAACUUCUAUCAGAGACAGAGUCCUGCUGUGGGUGACGGGACAGGAGCCUCUCUGCCCUAUAUACCACAGUGUGAUGCCUCAGGACAAUGGGAGCCCAUGCAGUGCCAUGCCCAGACUGGACACUGCUGGUGUGUGGACAGGAAGGGCCAAUACAUUCCUGCCUCGCUGACUGCCCGCUUCUCAAAGCCUCCACAGUGCCCCUCCACCUGUGAGACAUCCCGAGCCAAUGGGUUACUUUCCAGUUGGAAACAGGCUGGAUCCCAAAGCAUCCCAUCUCCCAGAAACCUGUUUAUCCCCACCUGUCUAGAGACAGGAGAGCAUGCCAGGCUGCAGGCAUUGGAAACUGGCAGCUGGUGCGUGGACCCGGCCUCAGGAGCAGGCAUGCCACCAGGCCUGAACAGCACUGCCCAGUGUCCCGGCCUCUGUGACGCUCUCCAGGAUGGACGCCUGUCCAGAGGAGCCAGGCCGGGCUCCCUUCCCACCUGCAGAAUGGAGGAUGGAAGCUUUUCCAGGACUCAAUGUGACCCGGCCCAGGAUAGCUGCUGGUGUGUCCUGGACAGUGGAGAGGAAGUGCCUGGGACCCGUGUGGUUGGGCACCGGCCAGCCUGUGACAGCCCAAAGUGCCCAUUGCCAUUCAACGCCUCUGAUGGGCCUGGAGGGACCAUCCUGUGUGAGCCAGCCGCGGGCCCAGGAGGGGUUCAGCAGUGCCAGCUGAGGUGUCGCCAGGGCUACCAACUCGUGUUCCCAGGGGCAGCAGGACCCCUUACAUGCAACCUGCAGACGGGACGCUGGAUGUCACAGUCACCCCAGCUCCACGCCUGCCAGCGGCCCCAGCUGUGGCAGACCAUGCAGAGCCGAGUGCAGUUCCAGCUUCAGCUCCCUCCCGGUAAGAUGUGCAGUGCAGACUACUCAGGCUUGCUGCAGGCCUUCCAGGUCUUCAUACUCGAUGAGCUCACAGCCCGGGGCUUCUGCCAGAUCCAGGUGAAGACUUUGGGGAGCGCCAUUAGCCUUCCCGUCUGUGAUGAUGCCUCAGUGCGGGUGGAGUGUCUCUCUCUGGAGCGCUUGAGUGUGAAUGUCACGUGGAAUUUGCUGCUCGAGGAUGUCCCUGCGCCCUCACUGCCUGAGUUACGGGACAUUGAGAAAUUCAUGGUGGGCAAGAAUCUCAUUGGGCGCUUUGAAGAUCUGAUCCAAAGUGGUACCUUCCAGCUUCAUCUGGAUUCUAAGAUAUUCUCAGCAGACACCUCCAUCCGCUUCCUCCAAGGGGACCAUUUUGGCACUUCUCCAAGGACAUGGUUUGGGUGCCUGGAAGGAUUCCACCAUGUGUCAACUAGCAAUAAUGUUCUUGAGAACCCCCUGGGAUGCGUUAAGUGUCCUGAAGGAAGCUACUUCCAGGAUGAGCAAUGCAUUCCCUGUGCAGUUGGAUUCUAUCAAGAGCAAGCAGGUAGCCUGGCCUGUAUCCCAUGUCCCGUGGGCAGAACAACUAUUUCUACUGGAGCUUUCAGCCAGACUCACUGUCUCUCUGACUGUGAGAUGAAUGAGAUGGGACUGCAGUGUGACCAGGACGGCAAGUACCAAGCCAUCCAGAGAGACAGGAGCAGUGGAAAGGUGUUCUGUGUGGACACUAAGGGGCAAAGGCUGCUGGAUUCAGAAACAGAGGCACCCCUCUCAGACUCUCAGUGUUUAAUGAUGCAAAAGUUUGAGAGGCUUCCAGAAUCGAAGGUGAUCUUCAGUGCUGAUGCCGCCAUGGCAAUCAGAUCCAGAGUUCCUGACUUUGAAUCCCCACUGAUGCAGUGUGUGGCAGACUGUGCCUUGGAUGAGACAUGUGGCUUCUUCACAAUGUCGACUGUGGGAUCGGAAACCUUGUGUGAUUUCUAUGCUUGGACAAGUGAUAAUGUGGUCUGCACUUCUUCCAGUCAGGGUCAAGAUGCACCAGGAAACUUGCAGACCACCAGCUUCAGAAGUCUAAGGUGUCAGGUAAAAGUCAGAGGAGAUCAAGACUCCCGAGAUGUGUAUUUGAAGAAAGGCCAAGAGUUCAACUCAACAAGUCAGAAGAGCUUUGAAAAAACUGGCUUCCAAAACACACUCUCUGGAAUGUACAGCCCUGUGAUAUUCUCAGCUUCAGAAACUAAUCUGACCGAGGUCCACCUCUUCUGUCUUCUUGCAUGUGACCGCGAUUCGUGCUGUGAUGGCUUCAUCCUGACCCAGAUUCAAGGAGGUCCAAUCCUCUGUGGGCUGCUGAGCUCCCCCAACAUCCUGCUCUGCAGUGUGGAAGACUGGAGAGACCCCUCUGAGGGCCAGGCUAAUGCUCCUUGUCCUUCUGUGACAUAUGACCAGGGAGACCGCCAGGGGACAUUGCGCCUGGGAGGCCAGGAGUAUAUUAAGUGUUUGAUGCCACAAGAAGGAGCCCAGGACUCUGUUACCAGUUUUCAGCAGGUUUAUCUCUGGAAAGAUUCUGACAUGGGAUCUCGGCCUGAAUCUAUGGGAUGUAGAAAAGACCUUUUGGAACCAAACCUAGAAAUUGCAACAGAAACAGAUGUGACAACAGAACUCUUCUUCCCUGUUGACCUUAACAAGGUCACUGUUAAUGGAAAUCAAUCUCUACCAAGCCAGCAGUAUAAGCUUUUCAAACAUCUAUUUUCAUCUCAACAAGCAAACCUGUGGUGCCUUUCUCGCUGUGUCCAGGAGCCUUUGUUCUGUAAGCUGGUGGAGAUAACAGAUAGUGCUCCCUUAUAUUUCACCUGCAUCCUCUACCCAGAGGCCCAGGUGUGUGAUGAUGUCAUGGAGUCCAAUUCCAGGGGCUGCAGAUUGAUCCUGCCCCACAGGCCAAUGACCUUGUUCCAGAAGAAAGUUGUACUAGAAGAUAAAGUGAAGAACUUCUACACUCGCUUGCCUUUCCAAAAACUGAUGGGAUUCUCCAUUAGAAAUAAAGUGCCAAUGGCCAACAAGUCCAUCUCUAACGGGUUCUUCGAAUGUGAGAGACUGUGUGAUUUGGACCCAUGCUGUACUGGUUUUGGCUUUCUGAAUGUUUCCCAGUUAAAAGGAGGAGAGGUAACAUGUCUAACUCUAAACAGUUUGGGACUUCAGAUCUGCAGUGAAGAAAAUAGAGAUGCCUGGAGCCUUUGGGACUGUGUCUCUCCUGACAUAGAGGUCCAUACCUAUCCCUUUGGAUGGUACCAGAAGCCUAUUGUUCAAAAUAAUGUGCCCAGUUUUUGCCCGUCAGUGGUUCUGCCUUCCCUUACAGAUAAAGUUUCUCUGGACUCCUGGCAGUCUCUGACCCUCUCCACAGCCAUUGUUGACCCAUCACUCAGCAAGUUUGAUGUUGCCCAUAUCAGCAAUGCAGCCAUCAGUGACUUCUCUGCUGCCCGUGACCUCUGUCUGUUGAAGUGUUCCCGCCAGCGGGACUGCAUCAUCACCACUCUGCAGAUGCUACCUGGUACUGUGAGGUGUAUGUUCUACCCGGAUACCCAGAGCUGUACACUUAGCCUUCAGGCCCAGAACUGUCAACUUCUGCUUCAUGAAGAAGCCACCUAUAUCUACCGUAAGCCACAUAUCCCUCUGCUUGCCUUUGGGGACUCGGUUCCUUCUGUGACCAUCGCCGCCCAUGGCCAGCUGCUGGGCGUGUCUCAGGCUAUCCAGGUGGGGUCUUCAUGGAAGCAGGUGGACCAGUUCCUGGGCAUUCCCUAUGCUGCCCCACCUUUGGAGGAGAGUCGCUUCCGGGCACCAGAGCCCUUGAACUGGACAGGGUCCUGGGAUGCCACCAAGCCACGGGCCAGCUGCUUGCAGCCAGGUGCCAGCUUGCCCACGUCUCCUGGAGUCAGCGAAGACUGCUUGUAUCUCAACGUGUUUGUCCCUCAGAAUGUGGCCCCCAAUGCGUCCGUGCUGGUGUUCUUCCACAACACCGUGGAGGGCAGUGUGCGCGGAGGCCGGCCGGUGCUGGAUGGCUCCUACCUGGCUGCUGUGGGGCACCUCAUCGUGGUCACGGCCAGCUACCGUGUGGGCGUCUUCGGCUUCUUGAGUUUUGGGUCCGGUGAGGUGAGUGGCAACUGGGGUCUCCUGGACCAAGUGGCUGCUCUCACUUGGGUGAAGUCCCACAUCAGUGUGUUUGGUGGGGACCCCCAACGCGUGUCCCUGGCGGCAGACCGUGGAGGAGCCGAUGUGGCAAGUAUCCACCUUCUCACAAGAGCUGCUGACUCCAGACUCUUCCGGAGAGCAGUGCUAAUGGGGGGCUCUGCACUUUCCCCAGCUGCUGUCAUCAGCCAGAAGAGGGCUCAACAACAGGCGACUGCUUUGGCACAAGAAGUCAGCUGUUUCACCUCAUCCAUCCAAGCAAUGGUGUCCUGCCUCCGUCAGAAACCAGCCAAUGUGCUCAAUGAUGUCCAGACCAAGCUCCUGGCCGUGAGUGGCCCUUUCCAUUAUUGGGGUCCUGUGGUAGAUGGUCAGUACCUCAGAGAGUCUCCUGCCAGAGCACUGCAGAGGUCUCCAAGGAACAAGAUUGACCUGCUCAUCGGGAGUUCCCAGAAUGAUGGGAUCAUCAGCAGAGCAAAGGCUGUGAAGCAAUUUGAAGAAAGUCAAGGCCGGACCAAUAGCAAAACAGCCUUUUACCAGGCAUUGCAGAAUUCCCUGGGUGGUGAGGAUACUGAUGCCAGCAUCCAGGCUGCUGCUACCUGGUACUACUCCCUGGAACAUUCCACUGAUGACUAUGCCUCCUUCUCCAGGGCCCUGGAGAAUGCCACUCGGGACUACUUCAUCAUCUGCCCUGUGAUUGACAUGGCCAGGCACUGGGCAGAAAGGACCCGAGGGAACAUCUUCAUGUACCAUGCUCCUGAAAGCUAUCAUUACAGCAGACUGGAAUUGCUGGCAGAUGUCCAAUAUGCCUUUGGACUUCCCUUCUACCCUGCUUAUGAGGGUCAGUUUACUCUGGAGGAGAAAAGCCUGUCACUGAAAGUCAUGCAGUACUUCUCCAACUUCAUAAGAUCUGGAAAUCCCAACUAUCCACAUGAUUUCUCCAGAAAAGUAUCUGAAUUUGCAGCCCCCUGGCCUAACUUUGUGUCAUCUGCCGGUGGAGAGAGCUAUAAGGAGUUCAGUGUCCUGCUCCCUAAUCGACAAGACCUGAAGAAGUCUGAUUGCUCCUUCUGGUCCAAGUACAUCCAGUCUCUGAAGGUGUUGGCAGAUAAAGCCAAGGAUGGGCCUUCAGCAAGGAAUGAAGAGGAGGACCAACCAGCUGUUACUGAGCUGACAGAAGACCCCCCAAACCUCCCAGAGUCAGACCCCAAGAGCUACAAGUAAUCAAACCUUAC